AUGAUUUUGCAUGCGUCUAACUUUAUUAGUGUGCUGAGGUUCAAGUACACGCGGAACUAAAUAAAAUCGGAGUCGGUCGGACGUAAUUUCAUGUAACUCCCAGGCUAGUCGAUUUGGCUAUCGGGAAGGUUACUGCAGAAAAGUGUAAAAGGAAAGUUUAGCUUCACAGGACAUCACUACAAAACCGCAAUGGACCUUACCGAACAGAUAAACCAACUGGAGGCAGACUUGCAGGAGCUGGGGUCUCUCCUUGCAAAGGCUGAGAGGAAGAGGGUGCAGGAGUUGCUGAAAGAGGAGCAGAAGAAGGUGGAGAAGGAGAUCACAGCUAAACGUCAACAGAAGGAGCAACAAGCCAGGAGAGUGGCAGAGCCCACAGCUGCCACCAAAGCAGCAUACACCGUCAAAAUCACUAACUACGGGUGGGACCAGUCUGAUAAAUUUGUCAAGAUUUACCUCACAUUGAAGGGUGUACACACAAUUCCAGCAGAAAAUGUGGGGGUUGAAUUUAAAGAAAGGUCAUUCUCUGUUCUGGUCAAAGAUCUGGACGGAAAGAAUCAUCAGAUGACCAUUCUAAAUUUACUGAGCCCCAUCGAUGCAGGGGAGAGCUGUAAAAAGAUAAAGACGGACAUGCUACUCAUCAUGUGCAGGAAACAGACAUCGAAGAAAUGGGAGUGUCUAACACAGAUUGAGAAGCAGAGUAAAGACAAGGACAAGCCGGCCCCGAACGAGACCGCCGACCCCAGCGAUGGGCUGAUGAGCAUGCUGAAGAAGAUCUACUCCGACGGGGACGACGAGAUGAAGAGGACCAUCAACAAGGCCUGGUCCGAGUCCCAGGAGAAGAAGCUCAAAGGAGAAGACAUGAUGGACCUCUGAGCUGCGCUCUUCUUGCUCCCUCCCUCCCUCCCUCCCUUUCCCUGGGUCUCCACGGCAACGCGAUGUGUCACACAAGGGGUCGUGAUGGACCUGUAUGGUCGGAAGCUGGAUUGGCUGUCGUUUGAGAUUCGGAUGCAUGUGUCGACGAUUGCAUUUUGUUUUCUUUUUAUUUAAUUUUUUUACAUGAAACUGUGAUGUUUUUGAUUUGGGUUGAGGCUGGGUCUGCGUUCGCAUCUCUCUGUGUGGCAUCAUUGAUGUGGUCCAUAAAUGGUAGCAUGGCUUAUUCCAACUGUACGUUUUAUCUCAUAGUAAUGAAAACGGGGAUGCAAAUAUGAUAGUGAUGACAUUGCUAUGAAGAAUUCAUUCCAGUGAAUAGCACAUAUCCCAAGAUAAGGAAAACGUGUGAAAUCCAUACAUACAUCCGUUAUGUAUCAUGAUUCAAUCUUCCUGAUAAAUAACAUGACCAGAAAUGUAUAAAAUUAAAUAUCAGACAUUUUAAUGUUUGUCAAAGUUGACCUGCUGUCAUUCUGACCAAGUUGAAUCCGGACAUUGGCCUAGUAGUGAUCCAUAGUAACCUAUCAUUCGCCGUAUGUGCCAGACAGUCCCUUAUCAUUCCUUCAAACCAGUCCUCUCUUGGAUUAAUGCAAAUUAAUGCUCAUAUACUGCUUGAUUCACAAGUACUACCUUUUG